GUAAUUGCUCAGCUUUGUUACUCUCUGUAAUAAAGUAUUUUUGAAUUCACAAACUCCGGUAUCUGAGAAGUAUUUGAUUCAAUAUUUUCCACAACACUGUCCACUCCGCGGACCUGGAGUGGGCCCAUUCCUCCAGGCUUGCCUGCCACCCGGGCUCCAAUUGGACCCUGGCCUUUGUGUGACAAUGCUUUUGGUGGCCUACUAUGGUUCCAGAUGUCGCAGCGUUUGUCGCCGCUUGCACGGUCUGUGCUCAGAACAAGACUCCUCGGCAAGCUCCAGCUGGUCUUAUUUAAACACUGCCUGUCCCUCACCAUCCCUGGUCCCACAUAUCCCUGGAUUGUGUCACGGGUCUCCCCCCAUCUGAGGGCAACACUGCCAUCCUGACUGUGGUCGACCGGUUUUCCAAAGCCAACCACUUCAUUCUUCUUCCCAAACUACCCUUGCCCAAGAAGAUGGCCCAGCUCAUGGUGCAGGACGUCUUCCGGAUCCCUGGACUGCCCACGUGGACAUGGUCUCCAACCGAGGUCCUCAGUUCUGGAAGGCCUUCUGCACCCUCAUUGGGUCAUCGGCCAGCCUGUCCUCUGGGUUCCACACCCAGUCCAACGGCCAGUCGGGGGGGGUGCCAACCAAGACCUCGAGACUACUCUGCGCUGCCUGGUCUCCGCCAACCCCACCACCUGGAGCCAGCAGCUUGUCUGGGUGGAAUACACCCGCAACACCCUUCUCUGCUCUGCCACGGGCCUAUCGCCCUUGGAGUGUUCCCUGGGGUAUCAGCUCCCGCUCUUCCCCGAGUAGGAAGAAGAGGUCGGCAUACCUUCUGCCCAGAUGUUUUCCCGCCGCUGUCGUCAUACCUGGAGGAGAGCCCGGUCAGCCCUCCUCAAGACCACCUGCAGGUAUUCAUGACAAGCGGAUUGCCAUCGGACCCGGGCUCCCUGGUAUCAUCUCGGGCAGAAGGGACAUCCUGGACCCAGGCCUCAUUUCGGAUUUCCAACGCCGACACCCCGGUCAACCAGGUAUGCAACCAGGUAUGCGCCCUAGGGGGGGUACUGUCACACCCUGAUCUGUUUCACCUGUCUUUGUGAUUGUCUCCACCCCCCUCCAGGUGUCACCCAUCUUCCCCAUUAUCCCCUGUGUAUUUAUACCUGUGUACUUUGUUUGUCUGUUGCCAGUUCGUUUUGUUUCUACAAGCCUACCAGUGUUUUCCCCUCCGUUCCUGUCUCUUGAUUGUUCCUGUUUUCUAGUUUUCCCGGUGUUGACCUUAUCUGCCUGCCCUGACCCUGAGUCUGCCUGCCGUCCUGUACCUUUGCCCCCCUAAUUUGGAUUACUGACCUCUGCUGACCCUGAGCCUGCCUGCCUUCCUGUACCUUUGCACAACCUUACUGGAUUACUGGUGAUGUAAAUGCACCUUCAAGAGCGAGUAGGCCUACUGCAGAGACUCAGCACCAAGGAGCUUCAGAACAGAGGACAGCGCUCCCCCAACCACCUGCCUGCCAACAUGGGACAGACGCACCACACGGAGCAGAAUGACCCAGAGAUCGAUGUCAAGGCGCUCCAGGACAUGUACAAAAAGUUUGUGACGGAGUGCCCGAGCGGUGUUUUAUUUAUCCACGAGUUCAAGCGUUUUUUUGGCGUCGACCCAACUGGGGAAGUCUCUGAGUAUGCGGAGAGUAUGUUUCGAGCUUUUGACAAGAAUGGGGAUAACACCAUUGAUUUUCUGGAGUUUGUGGCAGCCUUGAAUCUGGUUUUCCGGGGGGACUUGGAGCACAAAUUACGCUGGUCAUUUAAAGUAUACGACAAGGACGGCAACGGCUAUGUAGAUAGGACAGAACUGCGAGCUAUUAUUGAUAGUAUAUAUCGAUUAAAGACGACGUCCAAGAGAGAGCAGGAGGGUAUGCAGCUGUCGGUGAAUGAAGUGUGUGAAAGAAUACUGAAGACUGUGGAUGUGGACAAUGACGGUCACAUCACCCUGGAGGAGUUCAUCAAGGGGGCCCAGGGAGACCCAUGGAUCAUGAACAUGCUCCAACUGGACAUGAACCCUUAUGGCUGGGUGCUGGAACAGAGAAGGAAGAGCGCACACUUUUAAAAUGACUGGAAAGACAAAAGCAUCUUCAUUUAACAUUUUUCUUUAUUUUUUCCCCUUUUUUUUUCUUAAACUAAAUUAGGUUCCAAAUCAAUUGCACAUAAUAGGAAAAAACACAUUGCAGAUUCAUUCAGAUUGUUUAAGCUAUUUUUAAUUAUAAGGACAGGAAUGGUUGUGUCGAUUACCUUCCAUAAAUUCCAUGAGAUGAACAGCUUGUUCAUUCUGAGUGAACCUGCAGUGCAGUUUUUCUUUAUCUAUAGAUGAUUUAAUUGGGGCCUUAAAACAAUGUCAGUUCCACUUUAACUACUUUGCAGAUAUGAAACAAACAGACAAUCAUAAUAUCAAUACAAAAUAUAAAAUUCCCAGAUCAUGCUACAAAACCAACUUAAUAAGAGGUUUUAAAAAUAGGUUCUAUUUCACUCAAAAUUCCAUGACAUACAGUAAGGCAUUGUUGGGAGAAUAGAUGGAUGCAGUUCAAUGCAUGAAUAAUAUAAUUCACCAA